CCAGGUGCGGCCGCGACGGAGAGUGGUCGCCCUCGCCGCAGUGCACGUUCCUGCCCGCCCAGGGGCCCCCCCCGGCCGUCUGCGAGGUGGAGCCGCUCCGGGCCCCGGGCUCCAACUACGAGCUCCGGGACUGCAGGGACUGCCAGGGCACGACGGGGAAGCCGUGGGAGAAGACGUGCUCGUGCGAGGUCAGGUGCAGGGAGGGGUUCACGAGCAGCGGCGCAGCGAAGGAAGGCGACAAGGCUUGCAGAGCGGCAGUGUUCGACUGCCCAGACGUCGUGGGGUGGAGCACGGAAAAGAAGUGCGUCGACUCGAGGGGCGGCGAAACCAACACGUGGUGCUGCAAGGAGGCGUGGGGAAACACCACCUUGCCACCGGACAAGCUGACCAGAGACACAUCCUGCGCGAGUCUGAAAGACCACCAAAGCUGCUUGCUCGCCCAAGAGAAAGCCGACGACGCCCCCUGCUGCUGGCGCCACGAGGGCUUCGGGGAAGACCGGCGCGCCAAGUGCCUGCCCAUGUCCGACAGCGACAUCCUCGGCAGGAAGAAGAAGUUCACCCCCACCGGCGGCUGCGCGGUCGAGCGGUCCGUGCUCGAGGCGCACUGGGAGGACCUGCCCACCUGCGCGCAGAAGUGCGACCCCAUCUCGCCCUCGGACGGCCUGCUGCUGACGGGCUGCGACGACUGCGUCCCGGGGCGCUGCGAGUGCAGAGUGCAGUGCGCCGACGGCUUCGUGCGCUUCGGCGGGGGCCCCGAGCACGCGGUGCGGGGCUGCCAGGGAGGCCCGGAGCCGCACGGCUUCCGCAUGCUGCCCGCCGCCCCGGCCUGCUUCGAGCCCAUCGGCACGGGCGGCGGCCAGGGCGAGGGCGGCGGCGGCACGGGCGGCGGCCAUGGAGGCCUCUUCACGGACCCGGCCCGUGGCAUGUGCAAGAGGAUCGACGGCCACGACCUCCUCCGCGUGGUCGGGGGCUGCAGGGCGUGCCGGGCGGGGGACGAGGGCUGCUACUGCGAGGCGGCGUGCCCCCCGCGAACGAAGUGGGUGGGCGGCGGCGAGCAGCACGCGAAGCUCGGGUGCGUGACCAAGAGGGGGCAGGACGUCAAGGUGAGCAUCGUGGCCUCGUGCGAGGAGGUUUAUCCGACGGUGCAGCAGUGCACCAACAGCAGCGUCAUCCAGGACGGCCGAGAGGUCCCCUGCUGCUACAGAGGCUCGGGGUUCUCGGACAGCGUGGUCUGCGCCCGGCUGGGCAGCCCGCUGAUCACCCAGGAAACGCGGCCCGACAUCUGCACCCAGAGGGUGGAGUCGCACUGGGAGCCGCUGCCGCAGUGCAGAUGGCUGUGCGACCCGGGCCCUCUCCUCGCGCAGCCCCACGUCGAGGCGAGCGAGGAGUGCAGCGACUGCAUCGCCGGCCAGGAGGACUGCCAGUGCAGGGUGACGUGCGCACCCGGCCACGUGCGGGUCGGAGGCGGCCCGGCGACGGGCACCCGGAGCUGCGGAGGGGACCUGUCGUUCGGCGACCCCCCCGUGUGCCGCGUGCCCCUCCCGGGCGAGACGAGGGGCGCCACCGAAGAGGGCGGCGACCCUGGCGGCGACCCCGGCGGCGACCCCGGGGGCGACCCCGGGGGCGACUCUGGCGGCGAUGCCGGUGGAGUCCACAUGCCCAAGGACGUCGUGCCUCCGAUCUGCCCCACCCCGCAGCUCGAGCACGCGUACGUGGAGGGCUGCGAGGGCUGCGCCGCGGGCGACGCCACCUGCGAGUGCCACAUGUCCUGCGGACUACUACUCGGACAUGGAGGAUCCCGCCCAGGAGGAGCCCCAGACGUGCAGGCCGGCCGGGGAGAGCGCCCUCAGCCAGAAGAGGCCGUGCACGGAGAUCGAGAGCGAGGCGGAGUGCCUGUCGAGCAGGGACCGCGAGCGGAACACGACCUGCUGCUGGCGCCACGGAGGGCACGCGGAGCACGGCAAGGCCCCGUGCGCCCCAUUCGGCUGGAGCGGCAUGCGGCAUGCGCCCGACAGGUGCGCCCAGGCGCUCCAGGCGAGCUUCCGGCCGCCGGAGUGCCGGCCGCUGUGCCACCAGCCUUGGGCGGAGGAGCUCGAGCAGAAGAGCGUGCUCAUGGAGGGCUGCGAGAGGUGCGUGGUCGGCGAGGAGUGUCCCACGUGCCAGCUGACCUGCGAAGGGGACUUCGAGGUCUUGGCUGGGCGCGCGGGAAAGACUUCCUGCACCGAGUCGAACCGCAACUUUACGCUUCCGACGUGCGCGUGCCCGCCGGAGAAGGCGGAGCUGUGCGCCCGAGAGCUGCUGCAAUGCGAUCGGCUGAGCCAGAAGAAAAGAGGGAAGUACGGCAAGGUCGUGGGGUGCGACGAAUGCGACCCCGGCGACGACUGCAAGUGCGAGAUCACCUGCAAGAGCACGGACGCGCUCGUCGGAGGCAACAGCCCGAGGUGCGAGAAGGUGCCUUUGGUCUUGAAGAGCAAGAAGGCGUGCAGGGACAUCGUCGAUGAGGACGAGUGCCUGGCGAGCAAGGACAGUGGCGAGGCGAAGGAGCACUGCUGCUUCCAGGCGUCCUCCUCGGGGGGGCUCUGCGUCGCCCGCAGCGAGGCCGCCGGCGAGGUCCGGUGCGCUGUCGACCUGAUGGGGAAGUGGACGAACCUGCCCAAGUGCAAGCCGAAGUGCGUCAACAGCUUCGCCGGCCUUCCCGGCGUCCGGCACGAGAGGUGCGACGACUGCGUCGUGGGCCAGGAGUGCGGCUGCAACGUGACCUGCGCAGAGGGCUGGGAGCACUACGGCGGGGCCGAGGGCACCAAGAGGUGCACCGGCAGGGGCACGUUCGAGAGGGCCCCGGCCUGCGGCAAGCCCGAGGAGCCGCCGGAGUGCCCGAGCCCUGAUGCCAGCCCCGCGGUGGCCCCGACGUGGGCCAUCUUCGCCACGAACGUCGAGUGCGCCGACUACGUCAAGGAAGCGGCCACCACGCUGGGCGGCUGCCAGGCGGCCUGCGAGGGCUACGGCGCCCUGGCCUUCUGGGAGAGCGGCCGCUGCGACUGCUGCAGGGGCGACCGGGUGCGGCGCCCGCAGGCUGGCGUGCGGCCUCCCAGCACCGACGUCUACGUCAAGGGCCCGCUGCAGUCCAGCGGCUGCUCCGGGUGCAGAGCGGGAGAGAGCUGCCCCGGGUGCAGCGUCGGCUGCGCCCCCGCACACGCGCUCGUGGCGCAGGGGUCCUCGCGCGGAGGCCAUCCCAGGUGCGUCGCUGGCAGCAUCGACAGGGAGUCAGCCGUGUGCGAGUCAGCCAGAGCGGAGGCAGAUUGCCUGGCGAUGGAGCAAGACGGCCAGCCGUGCUGCUGGGACGGCACGACGUGCUUGAGAAAGGGGUCUUCGAUGAUCCAUUCCAUGGUGAACCUGCAGUGCGCCCCGAUGAGGCAGGCAACCUGGCAGGACCUCCCGACUUGCACGCCAGUGUGCUACAACGACUUCCAGGAGGCUGACAACGUGGUUGUGACUGGCUGCGACCAGUGCACCCCAGGGGACGAGCGCUGCCCGUGCACGGUGGAGUGCGAGGAGGGCUUCGCGCUCAUCGGCCAGGCGGCCCCGCGGCGCGGCUGCUCCGCCGACAGCCCGAAGAUGGGCCCGGCGCCGGUGUGCAUCCAGGCGGAGCCGCUCAAGUGCCCGUCGCCAGACGUGCGAGCGGACAGCUGGGGCGACAGGCUUCUGGGCCUCUCCUGGAGGGACGGGCUGAGCAUGGUGGGCUGCGACUGCGGCCCGGACACCGAGCCCUGCGAGUGCGACAUCAGGUGCUCGGCCGGCUACAGGCUCAUGAGCGGCACGGAGGGCGAGAAGGAGUGCGUCAUCAAGGACGCAUCGGGCCUCCUGCAAGAGAGGCCGUGCAGCAAGGUGAAGCAACAGGACGAGUGCCUCAGGUCGGUCUGGAAGGGCGAGCAGUGCUGCUGGUGGGCGGGCAUUUUUGGCAGGGGCACAUGUGGGCUGACGAGCGACAACUUCGUGGAGAAAGCUCUCACGUGGCGCGUGGGCAAUCCCUGGAAGUGUACUCAAACCCAGGUGGCGGAGUGGGACGACCUGCCAGUAUGCCACCACAAGUGCGAUCCGAGCAAGCUCGCCCUCGGCGACCGGCUGAAUGCUGUGGGUUGCGACGACUGCACGGCCAAUCAGGGAGACUGCCAGUGCCGUAUCACAUGCAAGGAUGGCCUUGGGGACCGAGACGGGGACGCAGGCGUGUUGCGGGAGUUGACGUGCAAGGGGAACGAUCUGAAAGCUUACUGGGCCAACGACCAGGACCUGCACCUCCUGUACGGCAAGUGCAAGGACGAGUGCCCUCCCCUCCACUCGCAGGGCGGCACCCUGAACUUGGAACGGUGCCCCACGAACGGCAUCCUCAUGGAAUGGGACAAGUGCCUCGUCAGCUGCCGCAGCGGGAACAACAUCCAGCGGGUCGGCGGCGCGCGAGACAACAACUGGGUGAAGUGCGGCAGGGCCCGCCUGCCCCCCCACGGCCUCGAGAUACCGCACUCGGACUUCCCGGUCUGCGCGCCGAUGUGCGACGUGCCCGACAACCAGUACAGGAAGCUGGACAUUAGCCGGUGCUCCUCGCGAUGUGCCGGCGGCACGGACUGCAAUUGCUAUGUCCGCUGCACGGGCGCCCAGAGCGGAGGUGGCGCCUCGGGCGACAAGAGGUGCAGGCUCUUUCCCGGCAACGACACGGCGGACGCAUGGGCCGCCUGGGUGGAUGCCGACCGGGAGCUGGAGGACCGCGUGAGCUUCACCUUGACGGUCGACGUCAGCAGCGAGCAGAAGAAAAGGCGGUCGGUUUCGGAGUGGGAGUCGGUGAUGAAGCGCGCGAUCUCCGAGGCGCUGGGAUACACGGUGUUGCCCUCCGAUGUGUCGGUGGCUCUGGUCUGGCCAGCGUCGACGUUGCGGGUCCACGCGAAAGUUUACAGCGGGGCGAGCGGCAAGCAGGUGGAGGCCAGCGUCAAAGGUGCGCAGCUGCAGGAUGUCGUUGCGGUCGCCCUGGGCAGGUCAGGGCCGUCGGAGGUGACGGGUUUCGCAGUCGAGGGCGUCAAGCUGGAGCCAGCACAGCAGGGCUGGAACCAGCUGCCGCAGUGCCUUCCGCCCAUCACGAUCGAGGUGGUGAGCGCGAAGACGAAUAGAGGCCUAAUGGGCGCGACGAUCAGCAUCUACCCAGAGGAGGACCGCACGCCGGGCACGGAGACCCUGACAGCAGAGACGGAUCGCAUUGGUAAGGCGAAGCUGGCCACGGAGGGCAGGUUUUACAGGGUCUCCAUGGAGAAGUACGCCUCGGCGGUUGGCUUCUUCGACAGGAGCACGUGCGGCAGCAGCCAGGCAUCCUGCAACUUCAAGGUGGCGAUAUCUCCAGAGUUGCCCGGCGAAGAGCUGGCAGACGAGGACUGCAGCUUCGUGGGAAGGGGGCCCAACGACCCUGGCUUCCUGUUCCGGGCGGUGCUGACGUGGGAUGCAAAGCCAAAGGACUUGGACAUCUGGGCAAGGAGCCUGGACUGCGCCAGGGACAUCUGGCAGAGGUACGGCUGCAACCCUGAUGCGAUGGACUGCCAGAAGUUGUUCCGAGAUGAGACCAAGCUCGCGAGACACGAGCAUUGCGUCGUUCGAAGGAGCUCCUCAGUAAAAAAGGUCGCCAACCAACUUCCUCAGUGGGCACACUGGUUCUCAAGGAAGGUCGACCACUUGAAUCUGGACAGAAGUAGGCCCUGGUCCGAGAAAAACUACAUAAAGUUGGACGUGGACGAAAGGAACGGGUAUGGGCCCGAGACUGUCACUUUUGCAAAUGUCCCCCCUGGUACGUACCAGAUUGUUGUGGAUACUUAUGGCGGCAUGGAUAAAGACAUUCGACUGGGCAACCCGGUGGUCACGCUGUACUUCGGUAAAAGCAGCGUCCCUUUCAUAUGCAAAAUAGAUUCGUCCUGCACCCGUUCAUCGAUGAUGUGGAACGUCGUGAACAUUGUGGUCGAGGAGGUAAAGAGGAAUGCCACUUCCGAGACCUACAGGAUACGCUUGAAGGACAGGCUUCAGAGCAUGGAGGACAUUCACCUGAUGGAUAUGACGACAGACCCUCACUUCAGUCCACGGCAUGGGUACAAUAGCAGAUACCUCAAGAACGUGUGCUACGGAACCUGCGAACCUUCCAACGGAGGUUUUAGCGGGCCCAAGGGGAAGCCAUACGACAGCUGUGUUGAGCGCCUGGACCCUUGCGAUAUUCCUGACAACGAGAAGACGGACUGUGGGUAUGUCGGCACCAGGCUGGAUGAGUGUGACACCGACAGGUGUUGUUGGAAGGAGGUCCACGGGAAAGUCGACCAUCGUGGGUAUUCCGCCGUCCCGUGGUGUUUCCGCCCUAAAUGAGGCGACCUCUUGUUAUUUCACCGCAGUUGGGCCUACCUCGCAG